GGUAUGAAAAUGAAAUAGGAAAUACAUUCUAUGUUCUAUCUAUUCCUAGAUAUCUAGAUCUAGAUCUAAUAAUAAUAAUAUCUAGAUAUUAGUAGAUAGAUCUAUAGGACGAGGAUUAUCUAAAUCUAGAUCUAGAUUCUAAGUCUAGACAAUCUUUUUCAAAAUGGCAGCUUGUUGUGCUCUUAAGUCAUUUUUUUCCUCUCAUAUUCAUAAAGUUAAAGUAGAUCUAUCACCAAAUUUUAGGACGUGGUCGUGUAUGAAAAAAAGAAAUUUCACAGAGAGUAUACACAAUAUUAUCAUUGAUAAAAAGAUAGAGCAACAUGUCAGUGUAAAGGGCUGGGUUAAAAACCUGCAGCACCAUAAAGGUGUUACAUUUCUCCAAAUAAACGACGGGUCUGGGCCAAAUCAUCUUCAAGUAGUUAUUCCGCAGAAACUUGCAAAAGAUGCUGCAUUAACAUUUGGCAGCUGUGUUAAAGUUGAUGGGGUAUUAAAAGAGAGUGAAGGAAGACAUCAAGAAAUAGAACUACUUACCAGUUCUUGUGUUGUUGUUGGCCCAUGUGAUGUUUUUGAAUAUCCCUUGAAGCAAAAAACUAGACAUCCACCUGCUUAUACUAGAGAUUUUCUGCACUUACGACCUAAGACCAACAUUUUCAGCAGUCUUUUGCGUAUACGUAAUGCUGCUACAAUGGCUGUACAUUCUUUUUUUCAGGAAAAAAACUUCAUUUUAGUACAUCCUCCAAUUUUGACAUCAAGUGACUGUGAAGGAGCUUGUGAAGUUUUUACGGUUGAGCCUCUGAAUUCUGACCUGUUAAAAGAAAUUCAAAAUGAAAGUGAGAAUCUUGAACACAAAAAAAAAGAUAGCAUAUUGGAUCCUGCAAGGCCUAAUAAUUUUUUUAGACAACCAACUUACCUGACAGUUUCUGGACAGUUACAUCUUGAGAUAAUGACAGGGGCUUUCACAAAAGUGUAUUCAUUUGGACCAACAUUUAGAGCUGAAAAUACUAUUGGUAGUUUUCAUCUCUCAGAAUUUUAUAUGGUUGAAGCUGAAUUAGCAUUUAUUCAGAAUAUGGAUGCCCUAUCAACAGUAAUGGAACAGCUUGUAAAAUAUAUUUUCAAUGCAGUUUUGAAAAAAUGCCCAGAAGAUGUUGAAAUAUUUUCAAAGAAUGUUGCAGAUCCAGAAUAUAUGAAAAAGGUAAAGAAUAUAAUGGAGUCAAACUAUGAAAGAAUGACAUACACCGAAGCCAUUGCGCUUCUGGAAAAUUCAGAUGAAAAGUUUGAUUAUCCUUGUCAGUGGGGUUGUGAUUUAAAAAAAGAACACGAGAUGUACUUGACAAAAGCUGUUGGAAAUCUUCCUGUUUUUAUAACAGAUUAUCCUGCUGAUAUUAAACCAUUUUAUGCUAGGCGAAAUGAUGAUGGAUUGACUGUAUCUGCUUUAGAUCUGCUGGUUCCAGGAAUAGGAGAGCUUUGUGGGAGCAGUUUAAGGGAAGAAAGAGCAGAAAUACUUGAAAGUGUUAUGAAAAAACAAAAUCUUGUAGAACUCCUUCCUUGGUAUUUGGAGUUGCGUAAAUUUGGUUCCUGUCCUCAUGGUGGUUUUGGUUUAGGAUUCGAGAGACUUUUACAGGUGAUGCUGGGUGUAGAAAGCAUAAAGGAUGUUAUACCUUUUCCUAGAUGGCCUAAUAAUUGCAAAACAUAAUUUAAAUAUUGUUUGUUUUUGCAACUACUUCAACUAGUUUACUUUAAUGUUAAAUAAAAGUCCUAAUAACCAA